AUGACAAUAACAAAUGCCAAAAGUGAAAAUACAGUUAGAAAAAGAAAGAAAUAUAAUAAUUUAAAUGGACUUUUUAUGAGUGAUUUACGUUCUCAACUUCUUCCCAUAACAAAUGAUUGUCAAAUAUUAUGGGAUGAAAAUAAAGAUCUCCAAGGGAGAUUUGUUAAUGAUUUAGCAGAAUUACAACGUUAUCAAUACUGUAUUGCACAGUUAACAAAUGAAGGUCGUAGAGAUCAGCUUGAGACAGCUCAGCAAGCUAUGAUGAAAGCACAAAAAAAAGCCAGUCAAUUAUAUCAACAAUUAACCGAUAAAAGGACUGCUCUUAUAAAUAAACUUAAUGUUGGCCUUCAAACAGUAGCACAACAUCAAAAUCGCCUUAUAUCAUCAAGACUUUAUGAAUGGAAAAAUUGUCAAAAACUUCAACAAGUUGGAUGUUCAUUUGAAAAUAGAGAACAAAUGCUUGAUGAAAUACAACAAGAUUUUGAAUUAUUAGCUGAUCAUUCUUGGCAAUUAAGAACAUUUACAUCAUGGCUUAUAGAUCUUCUUGGUCGUGGACCACAAUUAAAUGAUAAUGUUGCUCAAACAUUUAUAAAUUCAUUAAAUUCUGUUUUUGAAAAUUUAACAAAACUUUUAUGUAUGUUAGUAUCACAAAGUUUUGUUGUUGCUUAUCAACCAGAUCCUGUUUUAAAAACACAACAUAAAUUUAUGACUGAAGUUCGUCUUUUAAUUGGAGAUAGACUUGGAGUUAAACAACAACUUGUUAAUGCAAAUGUUACUGUAACUAUAAUUGCUGAAGAAGAGGCACGUCAAUUAAGUAUUGGUGAAAUAUUUGUUAAAGAUUUAAAAAGUGUUGGAAAUAUAAGUAAUGAUUAUGAAAAAUUAACAUUAGAUGAUAAAGGUCAUAUGUCAGCAAGAUUUAAUAAUUCAAAAUUAACAAGAAUUGCUCAUAGAAAACCCCCACCUAAAGCAUUUCAAGCAGAAAGUAAAAUAGCUGUACAAACAGCAACUGAUCAAAAAUAUGCUUUAUUAUUUCAUAUAUCAAUGUUUCAAUUAGGAAAUUUGGGAAAUUUUGAUGUAUGGGCAUUAUCAUUACCAUUAAUGGUCACAGUUCAUGGUUCACAAGAUUGUGAUGCUCAAGCUGUUAUAUUAUGGCAUCGUGCAUUUGGUAGUGUUAAUCGUGAAACAUCUAUUGAAGAAAUUAAAACUGUAUCAUGGGUUGAUCUUUCCCAUAUUCUUAAACGCAAAUUUACUCUUUUUACAGGAUGUACAAGAGAAUUAAAUGAUAAUGAUAUUGGAUAUUUAGCUGAAAAAUUACUUGGUAUUGGAAAUAUUGAUCAUAAAUGUAUAACAUUUCAAAGAUUUGCAAAACAAAAUAUACGUGAUGAUGUUAAUUUUUCAUUUUGGGAAUGGUUUUUUUGUAUUAUGCAACUUAUAAAACAAAAACUUUUAAGGUUUUGGGAUGAAGGUUGGUUAAUAGGUUUUAUUUCAAAAACUGAUGCCAGUCAAAAAAUGAUGAAUUCUCCAUAUAGUACAUUUUUAUUAAGAUUUAGUGAUACAGUUACAGGAGCUGUUAGUAUUGGUUUUGUUUGUUGUGAAGAUGAUGGUACUAAAAUUCCAUUUCAUCUUGCACCAUUUAGUAUAAAAGAUCUUGAUCAAUUAAGUUUAGCAAGUAGAAUUGCAACAUGUCCACAAUUAAGUGACAUUAAAUAUUUAUUCCCUGAUAUUGAUAAAGAAGAAAUGUUAAAAUAUUUUGAUUCUGAAGAAAGAAAUAAAUCAGAAAGUCCUACAGGUGGAUAUAUUCAAUCAGAAAUUGUUAUGGUAGCUAAAACAACAGGUCUUCAGAAACGUUCUGUUUCAUCUGUUCUUAAUAGUAGUACACCAUCACCAAUGGGUGGUGUAACACAAAAAAUAGAUUGGUCACCAGGAGAGGUAUUACAAAAUAAUAAUAGUAUGGAUUGUAGUGAUGAAUUAGUUACAAUGAUGAGUCAAAAUCAAUUGGAUAGUUAUAAUAUUGAAAGUUUACUUGGUAAAGGAUUUCAUCCACAAUUACCAACACAACCAUUACAAACUGCUGAUCUUUCAUUUUUGGGAAAUAAUUUUACUACAAAUCCUAAUAAUCAAUAUCAAAUUUACCAUAAUCAAUCUACAUCAAAAGGAACACCAAUUAAUGUUAAAAUGAAUCAAUAUGAAAUGAAUAUUGGUAAUAAUAAUAUAAUAAGUCGAUCUCCAUUGACAAAUAAUAAUGGACAUUUAAUGAAUCAGCAACAAGGUGGAGGAAUGCAAUCUUACAAUUGUUAUUCAAAAACUGAAUAUAAUUGA